AUGACGAAAGUAGCAAGUGCCGUUCCAAGGCCGAAUAGCAUUACCAUAUCCACGAGACGAAACAACGGAAAGCCCAACCCAACAGUGGAGAUCAAGAGAGAGGACAUCAUGCAGCUUCAGCAACUCAAGCAGGUAGAUGCCGCAACCAAGUUGGGUAUCUCGUUGACAGCCCUCAAGAAAGCUUGCCGCCGACUGGGGUUCGACAAAUGGCCAUAUUGUCGGAUUCGCAGCUGGAGCAAAUAUGAUUGCAGUGAUUUGAUGAAGAUAGAUCACCAUGAUGAUAGUGAUAGCAUGUCUGGAAGGCAAGACCUCAUGGCUAUUGAACAAAGAAACCAGGCACUCGUUGGCUUGAUUGGAGAGGGGAAGCAGCAGCAGUUUUUUCUGCAAUGGAGAAUUGGCUUAGAUGCAGACCUUUUAAACGAGGCGCUGGACCAUGUGGAGCAGUCAGCUUGCACCGGUCGUAGUCCUGCAUGA